AUGACCGAGAAGUGCGACACGGAGGCGCACGACGGCGCCGGGUCGGCCGUCACCGCGAUAGGCCUGAAGUUCCCGCCAUACUGGCCGGGCGAUCCGGGGCUUUGGUUCGCCCAAGUUGAGGCUCAGUUUCUUACUCGCAGUAUCACGAGACAAGAUACAAAGUUUGCUCAUGUGAUCAGCUCUUUACAAUCUGAGGUGGCGCAGGAAGUCAUGGAUUUUAUCAUCGAUCCUCCCGCACAGGACAGGUACGACAAGCUACGACAACGAACUGGUGUGUCGGAGCAAAAGCGCAUCCACCAGCUCCUAACCGCCGAAGAACUAGGCGACAGGAAGCCUACACAACUCCUACGUCGCAUGAAGCAGCUCCUUGGUGAUUCAACGCUCGAGGAUAGUAUUCUGAAGCAGCUCUUUCUUCAGCGUCUACCCAACAAUGUCAGGAUAAUUCUUGCAUCUUCCUCGGAUGCGGUCCCGAUCGAGCAACUGGCUGAGUUGGCCGACAAGAUCUUGGAGGUAGCUGUUCCUUCUCAUCAUGUCUCUGCUGUCCUGCCUACACUCCUACUCUGUCUGCUUCUACUUCCAGUCCUAUUUCGACUCCACAUGUUGCUUCUGAGGUGGAGAGGCUAUCCAAGCAAGUGUCGCAGCUAA